GGGCAGGGAUUAACGGGGUGAGCGUGACCCCCCCCGGGCGGGGAUUAACGGGGUGAGCGUGACCUCCCCGGGUAGGGAUUAUGGGCUGAGGGUGACCCUCCAGGCAGGGAUUAAUGGGGUGAGAGUGACCCCCUCUGGGCAGGGAUUAUGGUCUGAGAGUGACCCCCCCGGGAAGGGAUUAUGGGCUGAGAGUGACCCCCCCCAGGGGCAGGGAUUAAUGGGGUCAGAAGCCCCUCCUUGGGGGCAGGGAUUAAUGGGGUCAGAGUGACCCCCCCCGGGCAGGUAUUUUAACGGGGUGAGAAUGACCCCCCUGGGGGCAGGGAUUAACAGGGUGAGAGUGACCCCCCGGGCAGGGAUUAACGGGGCGAGAGUUCUGGGACUUGGCCUGGGGUGGGGAGACCAUGGUGUGUGUGGGCGUGUCACGCUAAGGGGGGUGAAAGGUUAGUUCAGAUGUGGCUGAUCACUGAAAUGGGGAACAGAAGAGCCCUGGCAGGAAGCCGUCAGUUGAGUCCAGGAUACUGCAAGGGUACAGUGGGGUGACCCUCCCACUCCUCAGUAGAAGCAGGUCUGGUGUCUGUCCAGCAGGUAACCUCCCUUCUGCCUCCCCCCGCUUUCCUGAGCAAUGCCGAAGCCCCCAGUGGUCCCACCAUGCUGCCCCGCCAGCCUGGGCUAUGUUGCCAAGCCAGGCUCCCUUGUAGAGCAGUUACACCAGCAUGCAACGAAGGGCAGGCUGAGGAAGGCCAAGAAGCUGCUGAAGAGAGGGGUAUACGUGGACAGCCAGAACACAGCUGGACAGACAGGCCUCUUCAUCGCUGCCCUUCUGGGGCACACUGCAGUCGCCCGGCUCUUCCUCCGGUUCAGAGCAAAGCCCAACCAUCGCUGUUAUGAUGGCAGCACCCCUGUUCAUGCCGCAGCCUUCUCCUGCCAACAGCCCCUCCUUGCCCAAAUCCUGGAAGCAGGGGGUGACCUGAGACUCCAUGAUCAGCAAGGCAGGACCCCUCAGGACUGGGCUGAACAAGCUGGGAAUUAUCAGAAUGCGGAGGUGCUGGCAUUCAUUCAUCAGUGCUGUGUCCAGAUGGUGAGGCUGACUCAGCAUGGGGAGCAGGGAGCCAUGCAGGUGCUUUUCAGCCGAGUGGGGGGCUCGCCAUGCAGCCUGCGCUUCUCCUUCUCCUCCCUGCUCUCUGCCUCCUUCUGCUUACCUAACAGGUCUCUGGACGGCUCCAGGAUGGAUUGGAGUAGCAGGGGGCCUGUGGUGGGGUUUGGCCAGCUGUGCCCCAGUGGCUCCCUGCACCCCAGUUUCGCUGCCAUCACCCCCAUUGUGGAACCAGAUGAAUUGCUGCAGACCCAGGGCGAGCUGGACCGCACCUAUGAGAAUGGGCCCUACACACUCAUGAGCAACUGGCUGUGGAAGGGACAGCUUGUCACUGUGCGAGGGCUGAAACCAGAGCCCCCUGGCGGCAGGCCCCAUGGCACCACAGACCUGCUGGUGGCAGAGCAACAGCACUGCAGCUGGCUGCACCACCCCCAGCUGCUGUUGCUUUUGGCUGUGAGCCCCUCCCUGGACCUACGGGAAGUGCGUCUAGUGUUCGAGAGGGUGGAGAUGGGUUCUCUCUACUGGGCCCUGCACCAGGAGCUGAGCCAGCCUGGGGCCAGGGCCCCUUGUUCCGCUGCGCCCCCCUCCUGCCUGGCUGCCCUGCGCCUGCUUUUGCAGCUUUGUGAGGCACUGCUGUUUCUGCAUGGGCGAGGGCAUGUGCACCGUGGUCUCACGUCUCACGCAGUCCAGCUAGCACGCCCGGGCCUGGCCAAACUCGGCAACCUGGAGUACAUGCAGCCACAGGCAGAGACAGGGCUCUGUGGCCCCGUGCCCCCCUCUGAGCUCUACAACUGGCUCUCUCCAGAGGUGAUCCGCGGCCGCCCAGCCUCCGUCUCCUCCGACUUGUACAGCUUCUGUGCCAUCACCCAGGAGAUCUUCACAGGCACCGUGCCCUGGCAUGGGGCAGAUGGUGCGGCCGUGCAGCAGUGGAUACAGGCUGGGCAGGCUCUGUCCCCUGAUGCCCACGUACCCCCUCCCUAUUAUAAGGUGGUGAGGGAUGGACUGGCCCUCCGGGAGCGGGAACGCCAUGGCUCCCUGUCUGACAUUCGCUACAUCCUGCGCAAAGCCUUGCAGGCGGCGGUGGGGAGGCCCUGUGACCCACCAUCCUUGUCUCCCAGGAGGCUGUGUGCAUGGGCAGGAGAGGCUUGGACCGCCCUGGAGUGCCUCCCUGAAGCCCCUGCAGAGUCGAGGUACGAGUGGGCGACGGCCGAUGGCAGUGCUGACCAAUGGGCUGAGUUGGGGAGCGGUAGCCCAGUGCCAGGGCAGCAAGGCAAGAGGCAGCACAGCCCCCUGGUGCAUCAGGCCAGAGCAGCCUCGGACAGCAGCGUGCAGCUCCACAGCAGUGGCCAGGAGACAAGAGGCUGCGAGAGUGGCAGCGUUGCCUCUAGCACCAUGGAGCUGGCCCUGCCCUGCGUGACUAGCCUCCAGGCCUCUGCCUGCCUGCUGGACCAGGCCCAAGCCUCCCUGGAAACACUGGAGCGCCGCUUUGCCUCUGGCAUCCAGGCCCUGCAGGACCUUGUCAGCCUCCAGGGAGCGCGCCCAGCACGGCGCCACCGCCACAGCCCUGGGGUGGGCCAUCCCCGGACCGCACAGUCCUGCUGCAGCCUGAGGGCCCUGCCACGGUCCAGCCAGCCCCCUGUGGCCCCAGCAGGUGAGGGCAGUGGGGCCAGCACAGGGGCCAGGAGCCAUCCCCUACAGACCCUCAUCGAUUUCGCUGCCUGGGUACGAAUGCAGGAGCAGCUGCAGGGCCUGGGACACCCUGACCUGGCCCAGGAGCCUGCCCUGGACAGCCCCCUUGGCACCCUGCAGUCGCUGGACUUGCUGCAGGAGAUCAGAGAGGAGCUGAAGGCCACAGGAGAUGCUGGGGCCAGCCCGCCAGCAGGCAGGGAGUGGAGCAGGGCAGCACGACAGAAGAGGACAGCUCGGCCCCAGGCAGCAGGCGAGAAAGGUGCCCUGCCCCUGGGCCAGGACAGCUGGGGCAGAGGAAGGAGGGGGACCCUGUGAGCCCCUCACCCCCAGCAGCUUUGAACAGCAGAGAUCAGCUACCCCCUCGCUCACUAAUAAAUGGCUUGGGCAGAGCCAGGGCCUGUGUGCAGUGAGCAGCCCCCCUUCCCCAGUGCAGUCCGAGCGCCCCACAGACCAGACCCGACACCCAGCGGGCUCCCGCUUCCGUUUAUUUCUUUGAUAGGAUAACGAGCCUUGUGGAUAAGGGAGAAGCGGUGGAUGUCAUAUACCUAGACUUUAGUAAGGCAUUUGAU